UAGUUGUCCUCCCUACAAUUUCUUCCGGUGAAACACAACAUUGCAAGGAGGCGGACUAUGACAGCGAAGUAGCUGCAAAGUGUCACCACUAAACAACAGAACAUUUUUACAGGACUUCUAGUUUCGCUCGGCCACACAGCUACCUCUCCUCUCCAUGCUGCUGUGCCGGGUGUCGGCUGUCGGCCUGACGCUAGCGAGAUGGGGACGGAGGUCACAGCGGGGAGGCGGCCUCCUCCUCCACCGUGCUGUCUCCUUCAGCUCCAGCCGCUGUGUGAGCUCCGGAGAAGAGAACGGCUCUGCUCAGGGACUGUACCGGGACACAGUGCUCCUCCCCCGGUGUGAUUUCCCCAUGAAGCUGACCGGACAGAAGUUACUGGACCGAGAAGUCCAGAUACAGAAGGAGUGUGGAUUUGCAGAUUUGUACUCCUGGCAGAGGGAGAGGAAGGCAAAGAAAGAGUUCUGUCUCCAUGAUGGACCCCCGUAUGCCAAUGGAGACCCUCACGUUGGACAUGCACUAAACAAGAUCCUGAAAGAUAUCCGUAACCGUUUUGAGAUUCUGCGGGGGCGGCAGGUUCACUACAUCCCAGGCUGGGACUGCCACGGCCUUCCCAUUGAGCUUAAGGCUCUGGGGGAGUUGGGGACCAGCAGCCUUGGACCACUUCAGAUAAGACACAAAGCGCGGGCGUUUGCAGAAGGGGCCAUAGCUCGUCAGAAAGCUGCUUUCCAGCGCUGGGGUGUGGUGGCAGACUGGGACCAGUGCUACUACACCUUUGACGGAGUGUAUGAAGCCGCUCAGCUGAAAGUCUUUCAGGAGAUGCACAGCAAGGGGUUCAUCUACCAGGACUACAAGCCGGUCUUCUGGUCUCCUUCCUCGAGAACGGCUCUAGCAGAGGCGGAGUUGGAGUACAACCCUGAGCACGUGAGCAGAGCCGUCUACACCACGUUCCCCCUGAGCACUCUGCCGCCUAACAUAGCCUCAGAAGCAGCUGGUCUAGAGAGUGUCUCUGUGUUGGUGUGGACCACCCAGCCAUGGACCAUUCCUGCAAACCAGGCGGUCUGCUUCAUGCCCAACGCACAGUAUUCUCUUGUGAAGCGAGCAGACAACUCUCAGGUGCUUUUAGUGGCCACAGAGCGCACAGCCAGCAUGUCAGCACUGCUUGGUACAGAGCUGGAGAGUGUACACACAUUCACAGGUUCGCAGCUGGAGGGAGGGAUCUGCAAACAUCCCACAAUUCCUGACAAGGAAGUGCCGCUGUUGCCGGCCAAUCAUGUGACAAUGGGAAAAGGAACGGGAUUGGUCCACACGGCGCCGGCUCAUGGCAUGGACGAUUACAGUGUGGCCUCUCAGUUUAAACUGUCUGUGGAGUGUAUGGUUGAUGAAGACGGAAAGUUCACUGACCUGGCUGGCUCUGAGCUGCAGAAUCUGUCAGUAAUGACAGAAGGCACAGACAAAGUGAUUUCCAUGCUGAAGGAGUGUGGGGCUCUGGUGAAGGAGGAGCAGUGCGUGCACAGUUACCCGUACGACUGGAGGACUAAACAGCCUGUGGUCAUCAGGCCCAGCAAACAGUGGUUCAUCAACACAGCCUCGCUUAAAGACAAGGCCAAGGAGGCUCUGCAGAAGGUGCGCAUUUUGCCCGAGUCGGCUCGGAGCAGCCUGCUGGCCAUGUUGGACAGACGGACCUACUGGUGCAUCUCCAGACAGAGAAGCUGGGGUGUCCCGAUCCCAGUCUUCUACCACAAAGAGACUGGAGAGGCUCUCAUCAACAAACACACAGUGUCCCAUGUUGCGCAGCUCUUCAAAGAAAAGGGAAGCGACUGCUGGUGGGAGCUUCCUGUUGAGACGUUGCUGCCAGCAGAGGUGCUAAAGAAGAGUAAAGCUGGCCCAGUGACCGACUACGUUUGUGGAGAAGAUGUUCUGGACAUCUGGUUCGACAGCGGAGCGUCUUGGGCGGCUGUCCUAGAAGAGACUGACUCCAGGGCAGAUGCAUACGUUGAAGGGAAGGACCAGAUUGGAGGAUGGUUCCAGUCUUCGCUGCUCACAAGUGUAGCAGUCAGGAACAAAGCUCCUUACAAGUCUCUGGUGGUUCAUGGCUUUGCUGUAGGUGAGAAAGGAGAGAAGAUGUCCAAGUCUGUGGGUAACGUUGUGGAUCCUGAUGAAGUCAUUAAUGGAGGAAAGGACCCCAGUAGGCCAGCGUAUGGGGCAGACGUACUGCGUUGGUGGGUGGCCGAGUCAAACGUCUUCUCAGAGGUUCAGAUCGGACCCUCCGCUCUCAACUCAGCCAGAGAGAGCAUCGGCAAGUUGAGGAACACUCUGAAGUUCCUGCUCGGUAACCUGCAGGGUUUCGACCCCCGAGUUCAGGCUGUGGACCCCAAAGAGAUGCACUACAUCGAUCAGUACAUGUUGCACCUGCUUCGUGAUUACAGCAUCAAGGUGACGGACGCCUACAGUGAGUUUGACGCUGGAAGGGUUAUCCGUAUCCUCCAAGCCUUCAUGUCCAGAGACCUCUCCAGCUUUUACUUCAGCAUCAUCAAAGACCGGUUGUACUGUGAUCCAGAGGACUCUUUGGGCAGGAGAUCAUGUCAGACUGUUUUAGAGGAAAUUCUGGAUGGAGUCACCAGGUCUAUAGCGCCCAUUCUUCCACAUCUAGCUGAAGAGGUCUUUCUACACGCACCAGGACAUGAUGAAGGGGAGACGUUAUUCAAGAGCGGCUGGGUCAAAAGCAGCUCGGUGUGGAGGAGACCAGGAUUGGAGGAGGCGGUGGAGGGGGCGUGUGCCAAGGACUCCUUCCUGUCGUCCAUACCGGGGAAAAAUGCGGCUCAGUACGACCUCACCGUCGCAAUUGAGCCCGGUCUGCUGUUUGAACUCAUGGAGUCUCUCCAGGAGGAACCAACCUCCACCUCCUCACAGCUGGUCGAGCUGAUGAUGGUGGCGCGGGUCAACCUGACCAGCGAGCUGCCCAGAGACCUUCCUCACGAUGCUGUUCUGAGCCACGGCACCUUCCUCAUCAACCUGGAGGGUGGUGUGAUCCGUGAGGACAGUGCUUACAGUAUAGCAGUAGUACCCACCUCGGCCUCCCGGUGCCCACGAUGCCGCCGCUACACCGCCGACUCAGCAGACUGCCCGUGUCCGCGCUGCCAGGGCAUCAUCUCACCGCCUCAGACAAAUCACUGAUGACCUGUCACCAUGACAACCAGCAAACACUACCUGGGCCUGCAUAUUGACCAGCUUUUUUUUUUUUUUUACAAUCCUCGUCUCCAUGAGCUGAGUGAUGUAGAACGGACAGUUUUCUCGUUAUUUGGCACUUCCUGCUUUAACAGCGCAGAGCUUUGAUUGGGAGAGAACGGCCUUUAAAUGCAUUUAACAUACGGCUCUGAAUUGUGCUUCACUGUUCUCAUGCACUUACACACUUUCCUAGAACAGCCGAACUGUAAGUCCAAAAAGGUCCAGGGCGGGCCGCUGUCACUUGCCUGAGACGUGCAGGUUAUACAUUGAAAUCCAAACGCAGCAUGAGCGAGAUCGUUUACUGUAAAUAGGAUCGGGAAGAUAUUGACUAGAAGAGACGCCACAGGAGGUUUAUCAGUUAAUGUUUUUUUAAGUGUGGAUGGAAAAGCAAUUUACCACAUGGAGUGUCACUGUGUGACAGCUGCAGAGGAUUUAUUUGGGUUGUGGAUAAGUUGUUUAUUUGUUUUAUAAAUCCUGGUCUCGUUAACUUAAAAACAGGUGGUGUAUGAAAACGAUGUAUCCAAAGUAUAAAUAAAUGAAGUUUUAUCUCUGAAUAUA